CCAAAGUUAACAGACAACCGUUCAAAAACAAUUAAUGGCGCUCAACCUACUUGGAUAUCUCAUCACGUCCUUGGAAUCUAGCCUUUAACGACUCGCUAUGGGAUUGACCAGGGCAAUCAAUCUAGAGAUAAACGGCUAAAAAAGAGAUUGUUCAACUAGACAUCCAACAUGGAGGACGGAGCAACUCUAACAAGAUGCGACCACCUUAUCAUCGUCUGCUGUCAUGCCAUUUACAUUGGGGGACCUAAACAUGGAUUCUCAGAAGAUGAAUGGCUGAUAGAACCAUUCCAAACCGGGGAAACACCAACUUUUAUUAAACACAUUGAAGAAGGGAUCAGACAACUGCGAAAGUCUCCAACUGGUCUACUUGUCUUUUCUGGGUACGUAUCAUAUCUGCCAACCUGUAUCAUUUAUCCCGAACAGGCAUGUAUUAAUAUCAUGGCUAAUCUUUUCGUGUUUGAAACUUGUAGAGGGCCUACUAAGAAAUCGAAAACGGAUUUGAGCGAAGGAGAGUCUUAUCUGAACCUCGCCCGGGAAAAUAGCAUUUUCACCAAUACCGAAGCAUCUGGUCCAGCAACAAGUGUCAAUCCUGCGCGUAUCAUCGCCGAAACUCACGCUACAGAUUCGUACCAGAACGUCCUAUUCUCCUUGCUCCGCUUCCGGCUAUAUACAGGGAGAUAUCCCGACCGGAUAACUGUCGUGUCUCACGAGUUCAAGCGAAGACGGUUUCUAGAUUAUCACUUUCCUGCCAUUGGAUGGAUUCCCAGGACGAUAGCUGAGAAUGCAAGCAGCAUGCAGGGAUGGGAAGGAGAGGGAUGCAGGGUCCAUUUCGUAGGGAUAAACCCUCCGCCGGAGAUCACAUCUCCGGAGUCCUUGGUCGAAGGAGAAGAGAAGAGAGGGGUUGCUUUGUGGGAAAAGGAUCUGUAUGGGACUGGGCCUAAGCUGGUGGAGAAGCGUAGGAAGAGAGGCUGGGGAGAUGGGAUGGAAGAUGGGAUCUUUGUCAAUGUUGGCUUAGAGCCUGUUGUGGAGAGGUUGGUGCGGUGGGAUGGCGGCGCCGAGAAGAACGAAUGGUUCAAUGAGAUUGAUCAAUUACCGUGGAGUUCAUCGGAUGAUGCCAGUGGGAUCAGGAGGGUUCCUGUUUGAGGCCCCUAUUACCUGUCACAUCUACCGUGGAGAAAGGAAAUUGAGGAAGAAGAAACCACAUAGCGCUUGCUACACCAUUUCUGCCUAUAUUCACAUAGGCUCUAUAUCAUAGCCGACGUGAUAAAAUGGAUACCAUGCAAUAUACCAGCGCCCCUUGUCAGAAAGACCCAUUCCCCGAAACGCCAGACAUCAGAUAGCUGUGAUACUG